CGUGAGAGAGUGCUGGAGCGCUGAGAGGGUUCAGCCAGCCCCCGGACCACCGCCAGGGAUGUCCGGGACGCAGCCCGAGGAUGCUUCUCAUCCGCGCAGGAACUGGACAUCCUCCCCGGAGCUGAACGAGACCCGGGAGCCUUUUUUAAGCCCGUCCGCCGACUACGACGACGAGGAGUUCCUGCGCUACCUUUGGAAGGAGUAUUUGCACCCCAAGGAGUACGAAUGGGCGCUGAUCGCCGGCUACAUCGUCGUCUUCAUCGUGGCGCUCGUCGGGAACGUCCUGGUUUGCAUUGCAGUGUGGAAGAAUCAUCACAUGCGGACAGUCACCAACUAUUUCAUAGUGAAUCUAUCUCUGGCUGACAUUCUGGUCACAAUUACGUGUCUUCCAGCAACCUUAGUAGUGGACAUCACAGAAACUUGGUUCUUUGGGCAGCCCCUCUGCAAAGUGAUUCCAUACUUACAGACAGUUUCAGUCUCUGUGUCUGUACUAACACUUAGCUGCAUUGCUUUGGAUCGAUGGUAUGCAAUUUGUCACCCUUUGAUGUUUAAAAGCACAGCCAAGAGAGCAAGGAACAGCAUUAUAAUUAUCUGGAUUGUGUCCUGCAUCAUAAUGAUUCCUCAGGCUAUUGUUAUGGAGUGCAGCAGUGUGUUCCCAGGAUUAGCCAAUAAAACCACCUUGUUCACAGUGUGUGAUGAGCACUGGGGAGCUGAGGUUUACCCCAAAAUGUACCACACAUGUUUUUUCCUGGUGACAUACAUGGCACCACUGUGUCUUAUGGUGUUGGCUUAUUUACAAAUAUUUCGAAAGUUGUGGUGUCGCCAGAUCCCAGGAACUUCUUCAGUAGUUCAGAAAAAAUGGAAGUCUCUGCAGCCCUCAGCACAGCAGCGAGGGCUGGGACAGUCAACAAAGUCAAAGAUCAGUGCUGUUGCAGCUGAAAUAAAACAGAUUCGUGCAAGAAGGAAAACAGCACGUAUGUUAAUGGUUGUCCUCCUGGUUUUUGCACUUUGCUAUCUACCAAUUAGCAUCCUGAAUGUCUUGAAAAGGGUUUUUGGGAUGUUUAAUCAUGCUGAUGACAGAGAAACUGUAUAUGCCUGGUUCACAUUCUCACACUGGCUUGUAUACGCAAACAGUGCAGCCAAUCCUAUUAUUUAUAACUUCCUCAGUGGGAAAUUUAGAGAAGAAUUUAAAGCAGCAUUUUCUUGUUGCAUCUUUGGCAUUCACAGUCACCAAGAUGAACGGCUUACCAGAGGUCGUGCCAGUACAGAGAGUCGGAAAUCCUUGACCACCCAGAUCAGCAAUUUUGAUAAUGUUUCAAAACUUUCAGAACAUGUUGUAUUGACCAACAUAAACACAAUUCCAGCAAACGGUACUGCACCUAUUACCCACUGGUAUCACAGCUACACUCAGCCCGUUGAAGUCAGUGGAACUGCAUCUCCACAUACCAGGGAUGAACAUGACUUCAAAUUUAGACGAAGCAGUGAGAAUUUCUGCAGAAUGCACUGGCAACACAGAGAAUGCAGAGUGGGAUAAAUUUGUCCCUAGCAUAACUAAAUUUACCUCGAUGGAAUUACAGCAAGGAUGACUUUGGCUUAAUACAUGUACUACCACCUGAGAAUGCCACAGUUUUUUAGCUGUGUUACAGACUAGAACAACUGGACAAAGGGAUUCCUGCAAAACGACUGCCUCUUCUAUUUCUUCUCAGUCUUAUGGAAACCUACUUACCUCAGUAUGAGCUAAAAGAACAUGUCUUUAGAAGUCUUUUUAAAGAUUGGAUUGUAUCAUACUUUGUAAAUACUGUAGAUAUUUAUUUUUAUAUAUUUUAGAUGCUGUGGAAUGUUCCAAAACGUAUCAUAUAAAGAACUCUUAGUAUUUGAAAGAAGUCUCAAACAUCAUUUAUUUAUAUCCUCUUUCUAUUAAUGAAUUACUUAUUUACAAGGAAUGCUUACUUAUGCACUGGUGGUAUUCUGGAAUUACUUUGCACUUUUAGUACACCGCUUGUAGUAAAUUCUAUGUUCAUUAAGGAAUUUUCACUUCAGAUUGAUUUUGGGAGAUUCCAGGGUGCUUUUCUAAGCACAGACAUGCUUCUAAGAUGUGAAUGCAAAGUGCAAGUCACACUCAUUUUCAUAAAAUUACACUAAAUAGUCAGUCUUUUUUUUUUUUUUUCCUUCAGAUGAGUGCCUAGAAAGCAACUACUUAAAUAAAACUUACUUGGUGCUCAAAGGUGCUAUAAGCUCAAAAUUCCUACUCAGGCCAAUAGGAAUAACAACUGUCAGCACCCCUGAAGAACUGGACAUUUUAACUUUGGUAGCUCAUUUUAGUCCAUAAUGUCUGCAAGUGUUACUCCAGAAGAUCUCUGAAGAUACUUAAAAUAGAAAACAUUGGUUAUCUUGCUUAUUUUCACAAUUGUUUUCUCUCAACUGCCAUUUAAUACUAAUGAUACAAACAACAGAUUUAUGUGCCAAGAAAAUGUCAAGUUUUGAAAAAUUAAAAUAAAGAAUUUCUCUCUGGAAA